CGGCGCCUUUGAAGUCCUCCUCCUCGCCUCUCCUCGCGCACAGAUCCUCGACACAGCCACACGAGUCACCUCCGCAGCGCCGCGGCUCUCUCCGGCUCUCUCCGGCUCUCUCCGGCUCUCUCCGGCUCUCUGUGGCUCUCUGUGGCUCUCUGUGGCUCUCUGUGGCUCUCCUCUGCAUGUUUUACGCACUUUCACGCACUUUUACGCACGGACAGCCGAGCCCAGACCCGCGCGCCGCUCUUUUCACGCACUUCGGCGCGUUUGCUCAAAGUUUUGCGGACUUGUUUUGUGCGUAAACAGUCAAGUCUCGCGUGGAGCUGAAACAUGCCGCAGCUCAGUAACGGCGGAGGAGACGAGCUCGGGGCGAACGAUGAGAUGAUCGCGUUUAAAGACGAAGGAGAACAAGAGGAGAAGACCCCGGAGCACGCGCUCACAGACCGGGACCUGGCAGACCUCAAGUCCUCCCUGGUGAACGAGUCUGAGAGCCGCCAGAGCCCAGCGUCGGUCCGACGAGCUGAAGAACGAGGAUACACCCCCCACAAACAACGAGAGCAUUUAGACGGAGUGUCCAAACAGCAGCAGUGUGAGGCGGCCGUGUACAAACCCGGCUCGUACCCUGGAUACCCGCUCCUCAUGUUACCCGACCCGUACCUGCCCAACGGAGCCGCCUCCCCCUCAAACAAAGUGUCGGUGGUGCAGCAGCCUCACGGGAUGCACCCGCUCACGUCGCUCCUGCCGUACACCAACGACCCCUUCAGCGCCAGCCCCCCGCACCUGCCCCACCUGCCCACGGACAUGAGCCAGAAGACAGGUGUGCACAGACAGUCUCAGGACCUCUCUGGGUAUUACCCCCUCCCCCCGAGUGGAGUCGGUCAAAUCACCCCCUCAAUGAGCUGGCAGAGUCAGACGGUGUAUCCCUCCAUCUCCUCCUGCGGAUUUAGACAAACCUACAACUCCAACCUCCCCAGCUCCUCCACCUACAGCAGGUUUCCUCACUCUCUGAUGCUCGGACCCUCAGGCAUGCACCCCACAGGGAUCCCCCACCCCGCCAUAGUGCCCCCUACAGGCAAACAGGAGCACGACCCCUACGACCGCAGCAUGUACACGAAGCCACAGGUGGAGGUGAAGAGAGAGAAGGAGCCUAAGAAGCCGGUGAUAAAGAAGCCUCUGAACGCCUUUAUGUUGUACAUGAAAGAGAUGAGGUCAAAGGUCAUCGCGGAGUGCACCCUGAAAGAGAGCGCCGCCAUCAACCAGAUACUCGGCCGCAGGUGGCACGCUUUGACUCGAGAGGAACAGGCCAAAUAUUAUGAACUGGCCCGUAAAGAGAGACAGCUCCACAUGCAGCUUUACCCGACGUGGUCCGCACGCGACAACUACGAGGCAGGCGCUAGCGAGGGCGGUAGAUGGGCGGAUGGGGGCAAGAAGAAGAGGAGGAAACGGGAGAAGACUCUGGACUCGGCCGCAGACCACUCUCUCUGACCCGUUUAGGAGGAAGAAGAAAUGCAUUCGAUACCUGCAGCGCCGGGGCCCCUGCGCUAGCCCCGCCUCCUCCGAACUGAGCGCCAUGGACUCUCCCUCUCCCCAGACGCUUCUCUCCGCCUUCACGAGCAUCGAGUCUCCGCCCCCGGCUCUGUCCCCGUCUCGCAGCCGUCCCCGUAGCGCCGCCGUAACCCUGCAUCUCGUCUCGCCCGGCUGCUCACCCUCUCCCCAGGCGCUUCCCGCUCCCGUCAAAGCCAUAGACACUCCGCGGGCGCUGUCCCCGUCUCGCAGUUACCAGCAGAGAGGUCGCCAAAACCAGCCGAACGCCGGCAGCUUCCAGCAUCGUCACGGAUGCCGCCCUCCCUCUCCCCAGACGCCGUCCCCGCCCCGCCUCGUGCACACCCGCUCGCACGCACGCUCGUCGCCGCAGCAACCGCGUCAGAUCAAGCCGUCGAAGCGCUGACCGCCGCCGCCGAGGACG